AUGAGGACAAAAAAUCCUAUGGCUAAAAAGCCACAACAAAUUUUAUUUUCAAAAAACAUCUAUGGACCUAAAGUAAAAGUUGAAAAUUGGGAUUUUCAGAUUCAUGUGGAAAAAAAGGACAAUUACGUCUACCGUGAUAGCCUCAGUAACCAUUUGAGCACAUAUUUACGUUUAGGAACUGAUGACCAAAACAUAGGAAAAACUGAAACAAGGCAUAUGCUUGAAGAGAUAUUUACUAAAACUGAUCCUAUUUACGCUUUCAAACCUCUCGUCAAUUUCACUUCAUAUCCUUGUACAGACACACCAGGACGAAAUAAAUUAAUGAAAAGUGCGAAUUUGGCUCAACUACCACCAGAUUAUGGUAUAAUGGACUAUCUAAGUACGCAACAAAACGAUUAUAGAAAUCCAUUCGCUACGGUUGCAAAGCCGUUGACAUUGCCUUCGACACCGUGGCUUCUAAAUCGCGUGAUCAGAUCCGAUUUGACGCACAACCACGGCACAGCACCUCCCAAAGGAGACUAUCAAUGUUUGGACACGCACACACCCAUCGGUCACAUACGCCACAUGAGGAAAUUCCGCUAUCAAUCCUUCAACCCGGCCACAUGCCUUCAAGACUUCCCGGACGUAGAAUUACCAUCACACCCAUAA